GGUCUACUUUCAGGCAUGAAAUUUCCAAUGCUUGAAUUGUUUAAAUCCAAGAUGGCGGAACGCUAUGAUUGCCACUUCUGCAAGGAGUCUUUGUUUGGGAAGAAGUAUGUUCUGCGUGAUGAGAAUCCAUACUGUGUGAAGUGUUAUGAGAGUCUCUACUCCAACACCUGUGAAGAGUGCAAGAAUCCCAUUGGCUGCAACAGCAGAGAUCUGUCUUACAAGGACCGUCACUGGCAUGAUGGCUGCUUCCACUGCUUCAAAUGUCACCGUUCCUUGGCGGACAAGCCAUUCUCCACCAAAGAUGAGCAGCUACUAUGUACUGAGUGUUAUUCCAAUGAGUAUUCCUCUAAAUGUUAUGAGUGCAAGAAGACAAUCAUGCCAGGCUCCAGGAAGAUGGAGCACAAUGGGAACAGCUGGCAUGAGACCUGCUUUACCUGUCAGCGCUGUCAGCAGCCUAUUGGAACCAAGAGCUUCAUUCCUAAGGACAAUAAUAACUACUGCGUGCCCUGCUAUGAGAAGCAGUUUGCACUGCAGUGUGUACACUGCAAGAAGCCAAUCACCACUGGGGGCUUGACCUACCAUGACCAGCCAUGGCAUAAGGACUGCUUCUUGUGUACUGGCUGUAAGGAGCAGCUGUCUGGCAAGCGCUUUACCUCUCGUGAUGACUUUCCUUAUUGCCUCAACUGCUACUGCAAUUUGUAUGCCAAGAAGUGUGCUGAAUGCACCACCCCUAUUAGUGGUCUGGGAGGCACCAAAUACAUCUCCUUUGAAGAGAGACAGUGGCACAAUGACUGCUUCAACUGCAAGAAGUGUUUGGUGUCCCUGGUGGGCCGUGGCUUCCUGACAGAGAGAGAUGACAUCCUGUGUCCUGACUGUGGCAAAGACAUCUGAUCAGACAGCAUAGCACUGCAAUUCCUAACGUUUUACUAUUAUAUUAAAUAACAUUUAUUCUUACAGUUAAAUAGCGAUCAAAGCUUAAUAUAUUUGUCUAAUGAAAGUUUUCUUUAGAUAAUGAACUUUAAAGAGGCCUGUGCAUGCCAAGGCCUAUUAUUAUAAUAUUGUGUCAUGUUUUUGUGGCCAGGGUUUAAAC